AUGAAAAAUUAUCAUUUAUCCCCUUCUUUGUUUAACUUAUAUAUUGAAGAAGGUUCAACAGAAAAUAUUCGUCAUAAACCUGAUACAAGAGCUUUAACAAAACAAUUAACAGGAAGAAUUCGAGAAACAUAUUGGCAUAUUUUUCCAACUCAUUAUAGUUUAUAUACAAAUAAAACACCAAUAAUACUUAAUGAAAUUACAGAAAAUACUACAAAUUCAGGAUUUGAUAAUGAAGAAUAUGAUCUUAUUAUUAAAGAAGGAGAUAUACUUGGAAGUGCAACAAGUUAUGAAGGAAGAUAUUAUUCAGCAAACCCUGAAACAAUUUCAAGAUAUCAAAUUCUUAAUAGAUUAGGAAAUGGUAUGUUUGGACAAGUAUUUAAAGCAAAAGAUUUAAGUAAAGAAAGAGAAGUUGCUAUUAAAAUUUUAAAAUCAAAAGGAACAUAUUUUAGACAAGGAAUGUUAGAAAUAUCAAUAUUAUCUAUGUUAAAUGAUAUAUAUGAUAAAGAUGGAACAAAAAAUACAGUUAGAAUGCUUGAUCAUUUUCUUUAUUGUAAUCAUUUAUGUAUUGUAUUUGAAUUACUUGGGUUUGUUUAA